UGUUUUAUUUUUCUCACAGCAAUGGCUUCUUACAUGGACCGGGAGUUCACAACUGGAUUCAUUGAUGUGUAUCGGGCCAGCGAAUGUCUGUGGAAGGUCCGUAGCAAGGAUUUUUCAAACAGACAGAAGAAGGAUCAGGCCUACAGACAAUUGGUGGAGUACAGCAAAGCCCAUAACAGUGAUGCUGAUCUACUUUGGGCGAAGAAGAAGAUAGCAAACUUGCGGACGGUGUUCAAGAAGGAACACACACGCGUGAUCGAGUCUCAACGUUCAGGAGCCGGAACUGAUGAUGUUUACCAGCCGACGCUAUGGUAUUAUGAACAGAUGAAAUUCCUUUUGGAGAGAGAGGCGAAAUUACAUGGACAGGGUAGCCUGGAUAAAGAGUCUCCUAAGACGCCAGAGGAAGAGGGGACCCUUAAUCCGGAAUCUACCCCGGAGGUAAUGAACACUUCCGCAACAGAGGCAACAGAACUGGAGCUCAGUGGUGAGGAGACAGCACCAUCUCGGUCGACAGCACCACCAAGGCGGAGACAAAAGAAUUCAUCAUUGAGUUCCGAUUCUGCAUCCUCCAGCACGGUUCAAUUUAUCCAGCGGGCAGAGGAAAUGCUUAAUAGGCCACCAGACUUCUAUCGUCAAUUUUCAAACACGAUAGAAUCUCAGAUACGUGUAAUGCCCGAAACUGUUUUUAGAACUUUCAGGCGCAUAGUAUUUGAUGUAUUGAGAAGGGCCGAGGAUAAUGACCUAUCCGAUGACCUGGAUCUAAUGUCAAAUCCUGUGCGGCGCGCACGAAAUGCCCCACAGUCCCAGUAUCCUUAUCCCCAACCAUUCUAUUAUCCGCCGGGUAAUCUUCCGCCACAGCGCCCUUUUUUUUCGCCGGGACCCCCACCAACACCCACUCUGCCCACUCCUCCCACCAGCACUUUGUCCACUGGAUUGUACUCAGCAAUGCUGAGUACACAGCUCCCCCCAGAGGACGAGGCUACUUUUUUCAAUUACAAAAACAACAAUUGA